GGUGUCAAAGUUGACUCGGCAGUGCUGUCAUGUCUUUGUUGCCUGUGUUGCUCCUCGUAUGUUGUGAACAGAAGAGCGGGAUGGAUGAAAAAUAAACCGUUAUCCGCACAGAAGAAACCAGUUUAAAGCUUACCCGCAACAGGUUCGUGUACGCCUUUAAACGCCGCUGAACCGUGCGCACUUUGUGUGCGAAGACUCCCAGCGGAGGCGAAACCAUUCAUCCGUGCUAAGUUAGCCGGACGGCUAGCUGUCGGCUAACAUUAGCUGCAGUUGUGGCACUGCUGAAACCAAAAGAUGGAAGAAAAGCUGAACGGAUCAUUCCCUGUUGUGUCCCCGGAGUAUCUUCAUCAGUGGGUUCAGUCUGCACAGCAGUUUCAAGCUCUCCAGGCCCAAUAUUCAGGCUUCAACUCCAACCAUCAGUUGCACUACCCUGAGGGGCAGGCAGGAGAAACGGCCAUGGCCAAUCCAGAACCCAUGAUGGAUCAGCAGGAACCUGCCAACCUGGCAAAACCCCCAGCGAAAAAGAGAGGCAGACAAACUCAACCCAAGGAACCCAAGGCACCCAAGGCACCCAAACCACCAAAAGUCCCAAAGGCACCCAAGGCACCAAAACCACCAAAGCCACCUAAGGACCCUAAUGCACCUAAAGCUAAACCUGGUCCUAAACCCAAAAAGGCCACUGAGGCUCAGGGUGAUGGCAAGCAAGAGAAGAUAGAUGAGAGCUUCAAGAAGGUGAAGAGGAAAAUUGACCGUUUCAAGGGAAUGUCCGAGGAGGAAGUCAUGAAAAGAACUCUACCAGACCUGCUGGAUUACAACCUGGACUAUGUCAUUAUUGGUAUCAAUCCAGGACUGAUGGCAGCUUUCAUUGGACGCUGGUUUCCAGGUCCUGGAAAUCAUUUUUGGAAGUGCCUGUUUCUGUCUGGAUUUACUGAGGAACAACUCAACCACAUGCAUGACACCACCCUGCCCGUCAAGUACAAAAUGGGCUUCACCAACAUGGUGGCCAGGGCAACGCCAGGCAGCAAAGACCUCUCAAGUAAAGAGUUACGUGAAGGAGGAAAGAUUCUCGUAGAGAAGCUGAAGAAGUAUAAACCUCUUAUUGCUGUUUUCAAUGGAAAAUGCAUCUAUGAAAUGUUCUGCAGAGAGCUGUUUGGUAAAAAACCAAAAAAACUAGAUUUUGGUUUGCAGCCAGACAAGAUCCCCGACUGUGACGUGGCUCUGUAUCUGAUGCCUUCAUCCAGCGCACGAUGCGCUCAGUUCCCUCGUGCUCAGGACAAAGUCCACUUCUACAUUAAACUGAGGGAGCUCAGAGAUCAGCUGAAGGGCGUCCAACGAACCUCUGAGAUCGAGGAGGUUCAGUACUCGUUUAACCUGCAACUGGCCAAGGAGGAUGCCAAGAGGAUGGCGAUAAAGGAGGAACAAUAUGAUCCUGGUUAUGAAGACGCAUACGGUGGAGCAUAUGCAGAGAGAGGACCUGAAGGGGAACCGGCCCAGAGCCAGACCAACGGUCACUGUACAUUCUCAUCUGUAGAAAACAGAGCAGAAGGAGCACCGGAGGCGGCCACGUCACAAACGGCAGAAGGCCAGCUCCCGGACGGACAGUGGAUGACCCAGUCCUUUGCAGAUCAGAUCCCAGACAUCAGUGGGGGACCAAAGGGCGGCAGCGCAUAAGAAAAGGACUUCUUUUGUCAGGUUUUAGAUGGUUUUCCUUUUUAUUAGGGUCCGAGUGGGAUAUACGCACACAGACGGACUUUUUAGACAUUUUGCAGAAUAUUCUUUCUGCAUUUUUUUUUUCUGGUCUUGUAUACAUGUAUGAUCAUCUUCAUGACAGUCUUUUUAAAUAUGUGAAAUCAGGGACUUAACAAUGAUGCUUGACUGUCUUUUGAAGAAGGUCAUGUAUUUAAAUGUUUGUUUUGCCUUUGUACUGUACUGUACUGCACUGUGAUGCAGUAAUUGUAAACAUUCACAUCUACUGUUUGGACAGUAGAUUAAACUUCAGAUGGUUAUUUUAUGGGCUUGACUCAUCAGUGUGAGCCGAUAUGAUCCUCUAUGUUAAGUGAGGAUUUAGCUAGCAUUAAUGUUUUACAUUUAUGGUGCUAUGAACUGACCGCAAUGCAAAGUGGUCACACCGUGAAACCACACUCGACAUGGAUGUUAGAGAUUCAACAGGAGGAAUUUCUGGCAAGCCUUCCAAUAUACUGUUACAACACAAACAGGUUUUUAUUUUAACCUUAUCACUUUUUUUGUUUUAGGAAAUUUAGAAUUAUGUUUUGUAUGUUGAUGAAAAUGUCAUUCACAAGGAAUUUUAUGAAACAUUUGUCCAUUAAAAUGUCCUGAUGAUGCUUUUUCUAUAUUAUUGA